UUCACACUACCCACAAUGCAUCAUAUUCAUGCCGUGCGGGUAAUAACUUCCGGAGCAGCACCUGACAGACGGAUGUGGUUCCGGGCAAUGGCGUCUGUUGUCAUGGAGAUAGGAGGCUGAAGAGCGCGAGGCCAGGGAGUUCCGAACUGUGUGCGAUCGACCAUUCUGGUAGCCUUCCAAUGGCGAUCUAUGAAGUCUACUCCCACCCCUACCUGGUCAGAUACAGAGCCACCAUCUGCUCCAAAGCCACUGUCUUCCUGAUCCUAGUGCUGGCACUGACCUACAUCCCUCCAUUACUUGUGGCCUAUCGCAGCCAAGGAUUCUGGAUGAAGCGGAGCACAUACGAGGAGCAGCCCAAUGUUCGGUUCCAGUAUGAGGUUUUGCUGAUCGCCUUAAACAGCACCAGUGGCAGUUAUGUGGCAUGGAGCACAUUUCAGCAGUUCAAUAACUUGAUUGGAGGCAGGCUCAGAAUCCCUCUAGUGUCGGCUCGAGAAGAAGACAGCAACCAAGAUGGUAAAAUGGACAAGCUGAAUUUACGGCUGGAGCUUCCCCUGCUGUCCACGGAGAACGUGUACGGGGUGCAGCUUAUUCUGACCUUCUCAUACCAGCUCUAUAGGAUGUCCACGUUUGUAAUGCAGAGCAUGGCGUUCAUUCAGCACACCUCUCCGCUUCCUGGAGCCCAGCUGUACGUCAAUGGAGACCUAAGACUACAGCAGAGGCAGCCGCUGAGACACCAGGGCCUGGACACCACCUACAAUGUUUCCAUAAUUAAUGGAUCCAGCCUGUACGCAAGCUCAUAUGACCUCACAAACAUCAUAUCGUCCUAUCAGGAGAGGAACGUCACCACAGUCCUGAACAACCCGAGUCCAAUAUGGCUUGUUGGAAGAGGUGCAUCAGAUCCAUUUGUGGUCAAUGCGGUUAUCCGAUACCCCGUGGAGACCAUUACAUAUCAGCCUGGCUUUUGGGAGAUGAUCAAAUUCGGCUGGAUUCAGUACGUCAGCGUCCUGCUCAUCUUCCUCUGGGUCUUUGAGAGGGUGAAAAUCUUCGUCUUUCAGAACCAGGUGCUCACUACAGUCCAAUCUUCACCAGCAUCCUUAUUCAAGCAGCACCAGAGCUAGAUCCUUAGAAGCUGGCACACAUUAACGGUGCUUCUCGGUAAUUGUCUACAUAGGACCUGAUUUUGGUGAAAGGACCACUAUGCCUCAGACGGAAAAAGAUUUGUUAUAUACAUUG